CUGCGGCCAGUCGCCGCCCGCCAGCUACCUGCGUCUUCCCGUCGGCCGUCGCCCUCCGUUCGCCGGUUCGCCGUUCUGAGUUCGUCAGCGGACAGCGGCAGCACCUCAGGCCUCAGACCUCACUGGCAGCCGGCAGCACUCCACGCAGUCCAAAUCCAGGGUCUCCGUCACUUCCGUCAGCUACUCAGCGGUAAGAUCAACCCGCGUACUGCUAUCGCCUAUUGGCAGUACCACAAUUUGAGACUUGGAAGUUAGGAUCCCAGAGGCUGAGUUUCUUGGCUGUGCCAUUGCUCCGAGAGUAUCUCAGGCUCCUGAGCCAUAUAUAAACAAUCAUCAUCAUGGCUUACGGCAACCUGGAAGAAAACCCCAAAGUUGACAAGCAGUUCCUAUCGUCUCCCAUUAAGAAUGCAGUUGACAAGUAUCAGCUCGUACCGGAAUUUUUAAAGGUGAGAGGAUUGGUGAAGCAACAUUUGGACUCUUAUAAUUACUUCAUUAGGACUGAGAUAAAAAAGAUUGUCCGAGCAAACAAUGAGAUCAGAUUAUCAGUUGACCCUAAUAUUUUUCUACGGUACACGGAUGUUUGGAUAGGUGAACCAUCAAUAAUGAGAGAUGGCAUUGUAAAGAAUUUGACUCCACACCAAUGUCGGCAAUCAGACACCACCUACGCUGCUCCUAUAUAUGUAAAUAUUGAAUAUGUAAUUGGGAGUCAUGGGCAAUUAACUCGCGCAAACAAGAAUAAAGUUAUUAUUGGAAGGAUGCCUGUCAUGCUUAGGAGUUCUUGUUGUGUCCUGUACGGAAAGGACGAGGAUGAGUUGGCAAGCCUAGGGGAAUGCCCACUUGAUCCAGGAGGUUAUUUUGUUGUCAAAGGCACAGAAAAGGUUAUUUUAAUUCAAGAGCAGCUUUCCAAGAACAGAAUACUUAUAGAUACUGAUAGGAAGGGCUGAUAGUGUAGCACAAAUGGUUCAUGAUAGGUUCAGUUCGCAAUGGGGCAGAGAUGUAGAGUCCUUGCAGGCAGCUCAAAAAUGCUUGUGUGCAUAUGUACAUGAUUAUGUGGGGAACAAACGGCUAGAGCUCUCUGGGCAACUAUUGUCCCUACUGUUUGAGGAUUUGUUCAAGACAUUAAACGAUGAGGUUCGAAGGACUGCUGAUGCUGUUGUGGGAAAGUCAAACCGAUCUAGCAAAUUGGAUAUUUCACAAUAUUUAGUGAAGGAGGCCAUCACCCUAGGCCUUGAAAGAUCUUUAUCCACUGGAAAUUGGGACGUGAAACGAUUUAGAAUGCACCGAAAAGGCAUGACACAGGUCCUGACUAGGCUAUCAUACAUUGUAUCAUUGGGUUUCAUGACUAAGAUCCAACCACAAUUUGAGAAGUCUCGGAAAGUUAGCGGGCCGAGAGCUUUACAACCAAGUCAAUGGGGCAUGCUGUGUCCCUGUGAUACCCCCGAAGGUGAAUCCUGCGGAUUGGUAAAAAAUUUAGCCUUGAUGACUCAUGUUACGACAGAUGAAGAUGAGCGCCCUAUUGUUAAUCUGUGCUAUUGGCUGGGAGUUGAAGACCUGGAACAUCUGUCUGGUGAAGAGCUUCACACGACAAAUUCUUUUUUAGUUAUAUUGAAUGGACACAUUCUUGGCAAACACAUGAAGCCACAGUGGUUUGCCAGUGCCAUGAGAAAGUUGCGAAGGAAUGGCCAUAUUGGGGAGUUCAUAAGCAUCUUUGUGAAUGAAAAGCAGUGUUGUGUGUACAUUGCUUCAGAUGGAGGUCGGGUUUGUCGUCCACUUGUAAUUGCCGACAGAGGCGUUCCAAGGAUUAAGGAGUCCCACAUGAAAGAAUUGAGGGAUGGUGUCCGCAGCUUCAACCAAUUCUUGAGGGAGGGUUUGAUUGAGUAUCUUGAUGUUAAUGAGGAGAAUAAUGCAUUGAUUGCUCUCUAUGAUAAUGAGGCUACCCCUGAAACAACACACAUUGAAAUAGAGCCUUUCACGAUCUUAGGCGUUAUUGCUGGUUUGAUACCUUAUCCUCAUCACAAUCAGUCACCAAGGAACACAUAUCAGUGUGCUAUGGGCAAGCAAGCGAUGGGUAAUAUUGCGUAUAAUCAGCUGUACAGGAUGGACUCGUUGAUAUACCUUUUGGUGUAUCCCCAGAGGCCCUUGUUGACAACUAGAACAAUUGAGCUGGUUGGAUAUGAUAAACUAGGUGCCGGACAGAAUGCAACUGUCGCUGUAAUGAGUUAUAGUGGAUAUGACAUAGAGGAUGCAAUUGUAAUGAAUAAAGCAUCUCUUGAUCGUGGUUUUGGUCGCUGUAUUUUAAUGAAGAAAGUAUCAGGCAUGUACCAGAAGUAUGAGAAUAAUGCAUUUGAUAAGCAAAUCCGACCUGUACCACAAGAUGCAAAUGAAGCUCAAAGGAUGCAGGUCCUAGACAAUGAUGGAAUAGCUUCUCCAGGAGCAACCAUUAAAUCCAAUGAUUUUUUAAUGAUCAAAGCGUCUCCGCUUGUCACAAAAGGGCCACUUGUGUCACCAAUGGCACUUCCAGCCAGUGCAUUCAAGGUAAUGAAACAACAUUACAAUUGUCCUGAUGGACAAACAAGUUCAGUGGACAGAGUGGCUUUGUUCUCUGACAAGAACAACAAUUUAUGUGUUAAGUUUAUGAUUCGUCAUACUCGAAGGCCGGAGCUUGGUGAUAAGUUUAGUAGCAGACAUGGUCAAAAAGGAGUCUGUGGUAACAUUGUUGCACAAGAAGAUUUCCCAUUUUCUGAGCGCGGCAUAUGCCCAGAUCUUAUCAUGAAUCCUCAUGGAUUUCCAAGCCGAAUGACUGUUGGAAAGAUGAUAGAGCUUCUUGGAGGCAAAGCUGGAGUUUCUUGUGGUAGGUUUCAUUAUGGCAGCGCCUUUGGGGAAAGCAGUGGCCAUGCAGAUCGAGUUGAAACUAUAAGUGAAACCCUUGUGAAGCAUGGGUUUAGCUACAAUGGAAAGGACUUUAUAUAUUCAGGUAUUGAUGGCACACCACUACAGGCGUACAUCUUUAUGGGACCAAUUUAUUACCAGAAGCUGAAACAUAUGGUCUUGGAUAAGAUUCAUGCUAGAGGCAGUGGCCCUAAAACCUUGCUCACAAGACAACCUACUGAAGGAAGAAGCAGAAAUGGAGGUCUACGUGUCGGAGAAAUGGAAAGGGAUUGCUUAAUCGCAUAUGGAGCAAGUAUGUUAAUAUAUGAACGCUUGAUGCUUUCAAGUGAUCCUUUUGAAGUUCAGGUAUGCGAGAAAUGUGGGUUAUUGGGAUACUAUGACUACAAGCUGAAAGUUAGCAUUUGUUCAACCUGCAAGAAUGGGGAUAACAUAGCUACCAUGAAGCUUCCAUAUGCAUGCAAGCUUCUAUUCCAGGAGCUUCAAUCUAUGAAUAUCGUUCCUCGUUUAAAACUGACCGAAGCUUGAUUUCGGGAGGGAGCAAAAACACAUUUCUCCCUCGUGUCGAGGAGAGAGAGAGACUGAACCAUCACAUUUUUUGUGUUUUACUACGUUUUGGUUAAACAUUAGCAACAAAUUCUUGUCAAGUUAACAAUAGAUGACAAAAUCUUUGAGGUUUUGUCGCCUCUUCAGUUGUGAAACUAUAUAUAGAUGGAGAGUUUUAUAUUUGGUUUAAACUUUGAAAAAAUAAUAAAAUCUAGCUCUAAUGUUCUUUUUUGCAUGGAGGUUUGUUCCCUUGGUUGUACGAAGGAAGGGCAUAUUCCUUCGAGUUGAAGUCUUGGAGUGCGGUAUCUCCGAGCAAGUGUAUUGAGGCUCGUGGGACUCGAGUUCUCAGGUUGUAACGGUUUGUUAAGCACCCGUAAGCUUAACGGAAGUAGUGUAGCUCGAGAGAGUCUCUCGGGAGACUGGACUAGCCACACGUUGUGGUGAACCAGGGUAAAAUCGGUGUGCCUCUUUACUUCUCGUUUAUUUAUUUUUUAUUCCUGCGAUUUCUUGAUCAAACGCUAUUCACCCCCCCU